AUUGCAAGUAUGGCCGGGGACAGCGAAACACAUAUAAGGGACCGAGGCGAAAACAACAGCGUUAUUCGCCAACCUUUUCUAAUCGGUGUGUCCGGAGGCACCGCCAGCGGCAAGUCAUCAGUGUGUGAAAAGAUCAUGGAGCUGCUUGGACAAAACAAGAUUGACCACCACCAGCGCCAGGUGGCGAUACUCAGUCAGGACAGCUUCUACAAGGUGCUGACUCCUGAACAAAAGGCAAAGGCGCUAAAGGGCCAGUUCAACUUCGACCAUCCAGAUGCCUUUGACAAUGAGCUGAUAAUGCAAACGCUCAGACAGAUCCUGCAGGGGAAGACUGUCCAGAUCCCAGUUUAUGACUUUGUGACUCAUUCCAGGAAAGACGAGUUUAUUACGGUGUAUCCAGCUGAUGUGGUUCUGUUUGAGGGGAUCCUGAUGUUUUACUCACAAGAGAUCCGAGACCUAUUCCAGAUGAAACUGUUUGUCGACACAGAUCCAGACACACGGCUCUCCCGUCGAGUUCUAAGAGACAUCAGUGAACGAGGCAGAGAGCUUGAACAAGUUCUGGCACAGUACAUCACUUUUGUGAAACCAGCCUUCGAGGAGUUCUGUUUACCGACAAAGAAGUAUGCAGAUGUAAUCAUCCCACGAGGAGCUGACAACCUCGUGGCGAUCAACUUGAUAGUACAGCACAUCCAAGACAUUCUGAACGGCGGACUAAGCAAGCGACACAACGGCUGCACAAACGGUCACAGCACUCCGCGGCAACGGCGGACAUCGGAGUCCAGCAGCCGCCCUCAUUGACCUCGUCACACCUCUCUUCACAGAGGAGAGGGGUGUGGAGGUAGCGCUGUAAAUAACGCCUGUUGGCAUCACUGUAUUUAAGAAGAAGAAGAAGAAGAAAAAAACAAACAAAGAAUUGAAAUGCCUUUUAUUAUGACUACUCUUGGUAUUAGUUACUUUCAUUGUAAUUGUUGAAUUUCGGAAUUUAGAUUUUCGUCAGAGGGGGGAAGAGAAGCUUGUCGAUGUCUUUGUGAUGAGACCGUGGGUUUUAAAUCGACCUCAUGCAUUUUCCUCCCAGAUUGCAUUUUGUUUUUUAUGUAUCCCCUGCUGCUCCAUGGAGAUCCAUGCCAACAAUGAAUAAAAGAGGGGAAACCUUUUUAUUAUUAUUUUUUAAUGACUGAUAAAACUUGAACCCCUAAUAUCUGGGGAGUCGGAUGAGGGUCUUUGUGGGUUCCAUGCAAGAAGGAGUUAAACAGGAGUGACCGGGAUUGCACUCUGUAUUUACAAUCUGACAAUCUUGGGAGUGUUUCCUACUCUUUUUCAGUGUUUUCAGUUCCCAUAUGUUUUGAGUGUAUAAAGAAAAGGAAAAAAAAAAACUACACUAUGGGUCUACUCAGAGUCCACCUCACUCAUUUUGUAUGUCUAGCAGCAGUGGAAACACAUUUCACUGCUCUAAGUACAGAAUUUCACACAUCACUACCAAACUAAUGAAGCCAAAGGCUGGAAGGUUCAACUGCCUGCUGUAUUUGAUGACAGUCUAGGGUAUUGUUACAUAUUUUGGGGACGCAUCACCUCAUGUAUAGUGGCUUUACAACUCUCUCACAGGUUUUUUUUUUUUUUUUUACCGGCUGACAGAUUCUUCACCCAAAGAGGCUACUUGAAUUUGGAUUUUCCCCCAGGUUACACCAGGAAAAAUAAAACCUCUGCUGAAUACGGUGAAGUUAUCACAUGCACACUUCUCAGGUUGACAUAAUAAUACUUUGAAAAGCCAGAUACAGGUGUGAUGAAGGCGUCCAGUGCCACAGCAAUAUGAGCUCUCCCAGGUGCGUGGCUGUAUUAACCACCGAGACCCACCACAAUGCCUCCGCAAAGUUGCCUCAGGUUAACGUGUCCAGUAAGUAUCCACACUAUUCCACUCUUUAACACAAGGUUACAGUAAAAACAGCUGUAUACAUCUUUUUGUAUUCCCCGUGCUGUAUUUGUCAUGUAUAAUGCAACUGAAUGAGUGAUUUGUACCAGCGAUUUGUACUGUAUGGCUGUUGUAUUGGCUUGGGGGGUUGUUGAUUUCUAAUUGAUAUCAUCGAUUACUUAAUGGUCAAUAAAGUCAUGUUGCCGAGCA